UUCACUGUUAUUGACCUAUUUGUUCUUUGCUGUUUCUGAUUGCAACAAUAGAAGUACUACAACCUUUGGCAGGUUAAGUCCAUAGUACUGAAAGACUCUGAAGCAGUUCCUGAUUCAAGACCUAUGCGAGAUUCCCUCUGCAGCAGAUGUUCCACAUUAGAAGAGCGAUAUCCAUCAAAUUGCCAGAUGUACUUGGACUGACCCGCUCCACAUUGUGCAAAAUGAGCGGACAGGUGGCAAACACCAUCCGCACCAAACUCGCUUCUGCUCUCCUCCCAUCCCAUCUGAAUGUCAUCAAUGAAUCAUUCAUGCACAAUGUGCCCAAGGGCUCAGAGACCCACUUCAAGGUUGUGGUUGUCUCGGACAAAUUCCUUGACCUCUCCCCUAUCCAGAAGCACAGGCUGGUUUAUGAUAUUCUGAAGGAGGAAGUGGCUGGCGGAGUACAUGCAUUGUCUAUCCAAGUAAGUCUUAAAGACGGUACUUGGCACUUGGCAUUGCCUCCCUACGUUGCACUUUAA